UUGUGGACUACUGCUCCUGUGAAGUCUAAUAUCAAACAAGGAUACUUUAUCUUUGGAGAGCAGGAGAUAUCAUUUCAUGAUGUGAUGCCUGAAGAGGACAUGAUACUAAUAAUCCGAUUUUAUCACUGGCCAAAUGGAAACCUAACAACUGCUCCAUGGGAUGUCAACCUUAACAUGGAAAGUCUAACGGAGAGUGAGGAGUGGUUAGUAGGAUGGGGAGUGCUAAGAUUAUCACGUUCGACAAAUUCAAACAACUUGAAGACUCAAGGCCCAGUCAUUACAUGGAACACUGGAACACACACUCUGCCAUUGUUUCACAGGCCUGUUCCUUCUCCUCACGAUCUUUUAGUGCUGCCUGGUGAACACUUAUAUAACAGAUGGGAGUCAUAUGGAGAUGCUACGGUGAGACUCAGUCUGUUCACUGGCAGCAGACCCAAGGUUUUUAUUGCACCAGAUUCUCCAGUCAACACAGAUACAAUUAAAGAAUGGCCUGAUGUUGCAUACAUUUAUCAGGUAAGGCCAUACCCUCUAUCUGCACCAUUUAAUGCAGGAGAUGGAUUUGAUUUGUACAUUGAUGGGGCUCGCUUUCUCCCAGAUGCUGUUACCAUUAGCAGAGUUACAGGUCGUAUCUUUGAUCGGAACUACAACCAAAUCGGUCCAGACAUAGCUACAAAGAUUGACUUGAACAGCAACAUAUUCCGACCCUUUUACAAUUACCAUGUAGAAAUCAGGAACCCACAAAUAUCGCCAUCAGCCACAUUGUUACUGAAGGUUUACUCUAUUGACAGAUUCAGUUUGAGAUUGGUCCUAAUUGGCUGGGCAGCUCUGAAUAUUUUUGUGGAGUCAGGCUAUGAAACAAGCCCAAAAGUGGAUUCUGCAGUAGUUCAGAUCUCUCUGAAUGAAGGCCCUCACCAGCUACGGCUUUACUAUGAUGGCCCUGACCCCGAUAAGCCAUUAUCAGUUAAUGCUGUUACACUUAGAGGAAGGUAUAUCCCAUGUGCUACAUUAUUAGUCAGAUUGGUGAAAGCACAGGUUGACAAGAAGCUCCAAGCUCUAGAAAGAAACAAUGUUCCCAAAACUGAAUGGGUUGAACUUGGUCUUUUCCAGCCCAUGCCGAACUAUGAUGAUAAAGUGUACUUUUCUGAUAAAGUCAGACCAACCGUAGGUGAAAAUGAGCUCUACCAUGCUAUGGUUAAUAGAUCUGUUGUUUUGGUUCGAGAAAUAGUUCCAUUGAUAGCUUCCAGCAAGGAAGAAGAGCUUGGGACCGAUGAUGAAAUUGAAAACUGGAUCCACAAAACACUUUCCAGACUGACAGACGUUAAACCAUUGUCCUUCAACCUGACCUACAUAACCAGAUAUCUCUCAACCUUUGGCAUCAAGUUAUCUGUGGAUGGGGCUAAGAAUGUACCCUGGACUAACUUCACAUUAGUUCACUGCUCAUGCAGCCCUCCUGGUGCAUAUUAUUUUGGUAGUGCAUGGAUCAGAUAUGAUCCCCCAGUUUUCAUCGAGAAUAUAGAUUUCAGCAGUCUCCAGAAGUGCCCAAAGUGGUUGGACAAUUUUAAGUCAUUCCCAAGAAGAGUUUAUCAUGAGUACCUCACUGUGAUUUUCCAUCUUUGUGAGGUUGCUGUUUCCUCAUUGGAAGAAGGUACGCUUACUUUUGAUUUGAAGGAUCAGGCCUGGUCUGCUUUACAGGUGUUUUCAAAAGGAUACUGUAACACUGCAGUUUAUCAGUUGCCACUUUACCAAGGAGCUCCCACUCAGAACGUCUUGGCUGCUUUGGCAAAAGAGGAUGCUCAGUGUGUUCUGGGAGAUCUGGUUCGCAGGAACACUAUUCUUCGAGUGAGGGGUGCAUCAGUGCUUGUUCGUGUUGCUGAUGGAAGAAGGGCUGAAGAGUUGCAAACAUAUUCUGAGGCAGAUAUUAAUCAGUCAUAUUUACCAUCUGAACUCAUUGAGUUGUACAAAGCAGAACCGAGUAGCACAUUACUCAAAGAGAUGAUUCCUGCUGGCAAGUCAAGGGAAGAUUUUAAAAAGCAACUGUCACUUCGAUUCAGAGAGCUUGCGUUACACUGCUGAUGACAAUUCCUCACGACCUGGCUAGUCCAUAAAGUCCUGGAUUUACAUCUGAAGACAGGAGAACUGGAGUACCAACUGUGCUAAAAAUCAAUAGCCUUUCCUGCACAAGAAGUCAGCAAUGAAAAGACUUACAAAUGCAGGAUUUCCCAAUUUGUUGCAUUUACAGUUAUACACAAUGUACGAUGAGGUCCCAUAUUUGAUUAUUGAAAAUGAAACAUACUUUCAAAAAAAAAUCUAAAGAAAAAAACAGAAGGGAGAAUUCAAAAGACAGUUGGGCAAGAUUCAGAUUGCAGAUUUUAGUGCAAGGAUUUUAUAUUCGAUGGUUUGAAGUGUUAAAGCAUUAAUACAAAGCAAACAAUGCAGGGUAAGUCCAGGCAUCUGGGUUUUGAACAGGUUGUUAGCAAUGAUAAAGUAGAAAUGGAGUCUGUGAAAGGCUGGAAGUACUGAUCAUUGUAGGAUGUGAAGUUUGCUUGAAAGUUCAUGCCAUGAAUUUAAGAACAUCCAACAGUACAGCACAGGCUAAGGGAAUGGGUCUGGGUGGGUUACUUGAAGGGUCAAUGUGGAUUUGUUGGGCUAAAAGGGCCUGUUUGCACACUAGGAAUUCUAAUUCAGUUACAGACCCUGGUCCACCAUGUCAGUGUCAACCACGAUGCUAUUCUAAACUAAUCCCAUCUGUCUGCUCUACUGCCUACCUGUUCAUGUCUGUUUAAAUGCCUCUUAAAACAUUGCUGUUGUAUCUGCUUCUACCACAUAUUCUCUUGCCCAUUUUCUUUAAACUGGACCCCUACCCCAUAACCUUAAACUGACUAUCCACACCUCAAUUUUUUAAAUACUUCUAUCAUAUCACUCCACAGCCUCCAAAGCUCUCGCAAAAACGACAAGUUUAUCCAACCUCUUCUCAUAGCUAAUGCACUCCAAUCCAGGCAACAUUCUGGUAAACCUCUUUUGCAUCUUCUCCAAAGCCUCAACAUCCUUCCUAUAAUAAUGGUAAAUUAGAACUGCACACUUCUCCAAAUGUGGCCAAUCUAAAGUUUUUUAGAACUGCUGACUUUUAUGCCUCAUACCCCAACUGAUGAAGACAAGCAUGCAUAUGCCUUUUUACCACCUUCUUCACGUUUUGCCACUUUCAGCAACCAGAGAUUUCUCCAUAUACAAAUAUUAAGGGUCCUGCCAUAUCCUGUACACUUUCCUAAUGUUUGACCUCCCAAAUGCACCACCUCACUUAUCUGCAUGAAACUGCCAUUUCUCUGCCCAAUUGAUCUUUAUCCUUUGACAAUCUUCCUCACUAUCUGUUACUUCAAUUUUCACGUCCUCUGCAAACUUACUAAUCAGACCACUUACAUUUCCAUCCAAGCUUAUAUGUAAAUAGAGCUUCCACCUUGCAGAACACCGGUGUUCAGAUUGCCAGUCAUUAAAACCCUCUCCACAACUACUAGGUCUUCUAUUACCAGGCUAAUUUUGUAUCCAAUUUACCAUAAUCCCACGUGACUUAUCUUCUGGACCAGCCUACCACGAGGAACCUGGUUAAAAUGCUUUACUAAAGUCCCUGUAGACACCAUUCAAUGCCCUAUCCUAUUUAACUCGAGGAAACAGCAACAGAACAGUCAAGUGUUAUCGAUCCAGUCAAUUCAGACAGGUUUAUGUCAAAAUAUACAAUGGUUUCAAACAAUUGCCAAGUUGAAACAGGCAACUUCAUGCUGGCCUUCUUUGCAUAUGGAGUUAAUUCUAAUAAGCUGAAAUUGCCAAAUAGAAAUGAACAGUCCUUUGUGGCUAAUAAAAUGUACCUAACUAAACAAUACUAACUUUAGAUGAAUUCUGGUCUCAGAAUCUACACAGUAAGGUCAUAAUGCUAUGUAUUUACAAAAAGCUUUAAAAAGUAGUCAAAACCACUCUUGCAGUGAAUAAAUAAAAUCUUAAAACAAGCAAGUGACUUAAUCGAAUGGUGU